AUGGCGACUAAACAGAGUGAACAGAUUUCUGCCGAGCAAUUGGGUACCGCGACUGCGACGGGUAUCGACACGACGAGCGACAAGGGCGCGAGCCAUGAGCUUCAUUUCGCGAGACGCGGCGAAGCCCUUGCGGAGGCUUCGUCGUCGCAGGAGAGUAUUGAAGGCUACGACCCGGAAUUGAUGAGUGGUCGGACACUGCUCACGGCCGAGGAGGAAAAAAAGUUGCUGCGCAGGAUCGACUGGCGGCUCAUGAGCCUCUGCUCGCUGAUUUUCAUGUUCAAGAAUCUGGACAGCAAUAAUUUAUCCAAUGCCCGAAUCAUGAACAAGGGGACGGACCACAAUAUCAUGACGCAGCUUGGGAUGACGUCAGAUGAGUACAACCUGGUUACGGUCCUCUACUAUGUCCCUUAUAUCGUUUUGGAAGCGCCGUCGAAUCUGCUGCUAAAGCGCUUCUCCCCUUCGAAAUGGCAGUCCCGGAUUAUGAUUAGCUGGGGUACUUUUCUGCUGUGCAAUGUUGCUGCGAAGAACAAGGGUGGUAUUUAUGCCACGCGGUUUCUGCUGGGAGCGGCUGAGGCUGGCCAAUUCCCCGGUGUCAUCCUUCAAAUGACGUACUGGUAUCGCCCGGACGAGAUGUCUCUGCGAUUGCUCUAUUUUUAUAUUUGCGGAAACGUUUCGAACAUUUUUGGCGGCCUUCUCGCCUAUGGCUUUGACACUGUAUCUGGCGCGGCCGGACUAUCUGGAUGGCAAUGGUUAUUUCUCACCGAGGGCAUCGCAACUGUCAUCUUCGGCGUUGCUAUCUGGUUCCUGCUUCCUGACUUCCCCGAAACAGCCUCAUGGUUGACUGAGCGAGAGAAGAAAUUCAUCCAGGCUCGCCUCCCAUCCAACGCGCCUCGCGCCAACGAGCACAAUUUCAAACUCCGCGAAGUCAUCGACUCGCUCAAGGAUAUCCGGCUGUGGCUCUUCACCCUCAUCUGGGCGACCUUUACUGUCGGAACGGAUGGAGUGACAUUCUACCAGUCCACUGUGAUUGCUAACCUUGGUUUCACGACAAUCGCCCAAGCCCAACUCCUUAACCUCCCCAUCACCGCCACGGGUCUGAUCUUCAUUGCCAUCACAGGGGUCAUGGCAGACCGAAGCCGGAUCCCGCGCCCGCUGUACCCGUUGACCUUUCUUGUCAUCAUUAUCGUCUGCUACGGCGUGUUUGUCGCGUACCCGGGUACCGGUGCCGUGUACGCCGUCACGUUGAUCGGAAACGCACUAAAGGCCGGGUGGUAUCCGGUUAUGUGGUACGUUCCUCUUUCUCUUCCUCUUCCACCCUACCCCCGAUACGUUCCUCCCCAGACCACUACUAAGAAAUAUCCAUCCAGGCCCUGGCGCGUCCAAACAACCUCCCGCGCAACGGGCUCGGCCUUCUCAAUCGGCUUCGUCAACAGCUACGGGCAAAUCGGCGGCGCGAUUGGACCGCAGAUGUUCCGGAGCAAGUACGCGCCGCGGUACGUAGUUCCGUUUUCCGUGGCGAUGGGGCUACUGGGGCUUUGUGCGGCACUUACCCUCGUGACGUGGUAUGUGACUUGGGAGACGGAGCGCGAGACGCGCAGGCUGAAGCUGGCCAAGAUGGCGGCGGAGAAGAGGGGGGAGGUUAUUUUGGAGGAUGUGGUUGAUCGGGAUUUGAAGAGGAGGUGAGAUCCCAUUAGUGUGUAGGGAGGGGAAAAGGGAUGGGAUAGCCUUCAAAGGGCCUGGCUAGGUUGUAUGAUAGAAGAGAGAAGGACGUAUGGGGCGAAAUAAAAACGUCCGAUUCGAUUCGUGAUUGCGCCAUCCUGUUGGAGAUGACGGGGCAAACCCUCCGAGUACAUCAACACAGGACCUCGUCAUUACUCUCUCCUGACAUUUGACUUCAUGUGUUUCGUUUCUUAUGACUGUGCAUGGAGGAUACUGAAUUAUCGAAAUCUCUCUUUUCCA